AUGCAGUACAUCACUUUGCUGCACUAUCGCGACAUAUCAACGACUAAUAUGGUGGGCUUGCUUGGAGAUGCACGGUAUUGCGAUCCAAGGAGUUUGCCGUAUGUGAAGACUGAUGUGACAAAUGCAAGAGCAAAGCUGCGAAGGGGCCUGUCAGAGCGUGAUUUUGAGCUGACAAUUGAGUACUUUGAGAGAAGACAAGUGGAGAAUCCCAACUUCUUUUUGUCGAAGCUCGAAGAAGAUGGAGCUGUUAGGGCGCUUUUCUGGGUUGAUGGGAGAACAAGGGCCUUGUAUCCAAAGUACAAAGAUUGUGUGUUUUUCGACACAACAUUCUGCACAAAUCGCUACAACUUGCCCUUUGCUCCGAUUGUUGGCAUUAACAACCACACACACACUGUUUGCUUGGGGUGUGCUUUGUUGCCUGAUGAGACCAUCAAAACUUUCAAGUGGGUCUUCCAGCAAUGGAUGUUGGCAAUGAAUACCAAGCAUCUGUUGAACAUUAUGACUGAUCAAGACCAGGCAAUGGCUACAGCCAUCUCAAUGGUAUUUCCAGAUUCAACACACAGAUGUUGCAAGUGGCACAUCUUCCGGGUUGCAAGGACAAAACUAGGGAAGAUGUUGGGCAAGGAUGAGCCUUUUGCUGAAGCAUUCUAUGGUUGCAUCAAUGGUUCAGAUACCGUUGAGGAGUUUGAAGAACGAUGGAAGCAGAUGGUCGAGUUAUUUGGAACAACCGGGCGGUCUGAGGGCUUGAAUUUCUACUUCAAGACUUUAAAUCAUCAUGGAGACUCGGUUUGCCCAUUUGUGCAACAGUUUGAGCUUUGCCAGGAGCUAAUGCUUGAUCGUGAAGACAAUGCUGGCUUCAUUAAUGAAGCGAUGAGGCCGCCACUCUGGGGAAAUUACAACAUUGAAAAGCAGGUUGUAGAUUUCUAUACCAGAGAGGUAUUUUCCAAGUUCCAAAAACUAUUGGCUAAAUCAACAGACUAUGGGCUGCAAUAUCAGCUGCAAGGGGAUGUCAUCUGGUUUCGCCUUGUUGCAAAUAAUGGCGUCAACCCUAAAUUGUACACGGUGCGUGUUGCCCCUGAAGAUCAGACAUACAUGUGCAGCUGCAACAUGUUUGAGAUGUGUGGGCAGAUCUGCCCACAUAUCAUCCGUGUCAUGGUGCACUUGAACGUGCAAACGGUACCUGUGACUUACAUGCUUCCAAGAUGGUCUAAGAGAGCAACCGACCUUGCGCCUGAACCGGGAGAUGGGCAUAGAGCUAUGCAUUUCAGCGUCCCCACGACAAACUCCCUAAAGUUUAACUCUCUCUGCUGGAAGUUUGGGAAACUCACUUCUGAUGCAUGCUUCAGUGAUGAAGCUUAUAGUUUUGUCUCUGGGCUAAUUGAUCAGGGCAGUGUUGGGGUUGCUAUAAUAAAAGCUCGAGCAACUGAUGGGGUUGCAGGAGACGAAGAAGCCCAAGGUCAUGCAGCAAAUGAACAAGUCUCAGGGGGUCCAAGUACAGGGCAGCGGAUCCACCCCCCGUAG